UCGGAACGAAUUAUCGAGUUUCUUAUAAAUUUAUUGUAGAUAGAACUGCAAAUGCAUCGAAAUUUCCGGGUUUCAUUUUCAUUUCAACGUUUACUUGAUUUUUUGCCUCGAACCUCACACCCUCGGUUUGUUUGUUUACGAGAAAUGUCAAAAAUUGCUGAUCAAAAUCCUCUGGCUUUAUCAAAAAAAGUCAUAGAGCCUAUUGUAUAUCCAACUAUUCGGAAAGACGAAGCUGUGGAAGAUACCUUCCAUGGCACUCAAUUGAAAGAUGUAUACCGUUGGCUUGAGGAUCCGGAUUCAACAGAAACGCAAGUGUUUGUUACGUCUCAAAAUAAUAUAAGUCGGCCGUUCCUGGAAAAUUGCAAUGAGUGGAAAAAAAUUAACUCAAAACUCACCAAAUUAUGGAAUUAUGCCAAAUAUGGCUGCCCCAUGCAACAUGGAAAAUAUUAUUAUUAUUUUAUGAAUACCGGUCUGCAAAAUCAGAGCGUUAUGUAUCAACAAACAUCGUUGAGUGGAGAAAGCAAAGAAUUCCUCGAUCCCAAUCAAUUAUCUGAUGAUGGUACAAUUGCCUUGGCUCAAAAGUCAUUUUCAGAUGACGGCAGCUUUAUGGCAUAUGGAUUAAGUGAAAGUGGGUCCGAUUGGAUCAAGAUACUUAUUCGAAAUACCGAGACUGGUAAAGACCUGGAUGAAAUACUUAACAAGGUUAAGUUUUCAGAAAUAUCAUGGACCAAAGAUAAUAAGGGAUUUUUUUAUUGUAGAUAUCCUGAGCAAAGUGGGAAAACAGAUGGCUCUGAGACAAGUCAAAAUGAACAUCAAAAACUAUACUAUCAUCGACUGGGAGAAAGUCAGGAUAAAGAUACCCUUGUUGUGGAAUUUCCGGAGGAACCUAAUUGGCGCAUUCAAUCUGUAGUCUCUGAUUGUGGAAAAUAUUUAAUACUGGCCAUCGUCAAGGAUUGUCGAGACAACAUUGUGUACUUUGCAGACCUUGAACCGGGUAAAGCAAUCAGUUCAAAACUAAAUACUAAAAAAGUUGUGGAGAAAUUUGAAGCAGACUAUGAUUAUAUUACCAACGAAGGGUCAAAGGUGUAUUUUCGUACAAAUAAAUCGGCACCCAAUUAUCAAGUUAUAAUUAUUGACUUCGAGAAACCAGAAGAAAACAAUUGGGAAACUCUAAUAGCAGAGCACAAGACUGAUGUGUUAGACUGGGUUAGGUGCGUGGAUGAAGACAAGCUACUGCUAUGUUAUAUUAGAGAUGUAAAAACCGUUUUGCAAGCCAAUUGUCUUCGAACUGGAAAACUAUUGCGAGAAUUUGAUUUAGAGAUCGGUACCAUUGUAGGAACGUCAGGCGAGAAGAAGUAUUCGGAAAUUUUUUACAAUUUUUCUUCAUUUUUGAGCCCUGGAGUUAUUUAUCAAUUUGAUUUUAAAACCCCAGAGCAGCCGCCAAAAGUGUUUCGCGAAAUAAAGCUCAACUUGGAAGGUUUCAGUCGAGAAAACUACAUUGUUGAACAGAUAUUUUAUAAAAGUAAGGAUGGUACUAAGGUACCCAUGUUUAUAAUUCGUACGAAACGAGAUACUAUUAAGCCGAGACCUUGCCUUCUCUACGGUUAUGGUGGCUUCAAUAUUAGUAUGCUGCCUUGUUUUGGACUCUCUGGACUUAUGUUUAUAGAUACAUUUGAUGGCGUAUUAGCCUAUCCCAACUUACGUGGCGGUGGAGAAUAUGGCGAGAAAUGGCAUAAUGGUGGUCGCCUUUUAAACAAGCAAAAUGUCUUUGACGACUUCCAAGCAGCUGCUGAGUAUUUAAUUGAUAAUAAUUACACCUCCAAAGACCGUUUAGUUAUUCAAGGUGGCUCGAACGGAGGGCUUCUUGUCGGAACUUGCAUCAAUCAACGCCCCGAUUUGUUUGGAGCUGCUGUUGCACAAGUUGGAGUAAUGGAUAUGUUGCGUUUUCAUAAAUUCACCAUUGGACAUGCCUGGUGUUCAGAUUAUGGAAAUCCAUCAGAAAAGGAGCACUUUGAAAAUCUUUACAAGUUUUCUCCACUACAUAAUGUGCACACACCCAGUAGCAAUGAAGAGGAGUAUCCAUCAACUUUGAUUUUGACAGCCGAUCACGAUGAUCGGGUCAGCCCCUUGCAUUCAUUCAAAUUUACUGCCGCUUUGCAGGAUGCUGUACGCAAUUCCAAAUAUCAAAAAAAUCCUCUGUUAUUGAGGGUUUAUACAAAAGCAGGACAUGGUGCCGGCAAACCCACCUCGAAGAAAAUUGAGGAGGCAACGGACAUUCUAACGUUUAUGUCCAAGAGUCUCAACGUUGAUACAAUCAAUUUAAAAGAUGAACAAUAAAGCAAAAUGCAUUUCUAAAAAUUAACUACAUGUAAUAGAAAUGUUUCCUCAUGGCAGCAAACCAAUGCAAUAUAAUUUGGUUUGUAAUAAUACAUUUAUUUGAAAUGUUAUAUAUAUAAUGUUGAUUAUGUAUUAUAUUGUGCUAUGUGUAUUAGUAAAUAAAAACGUUUGAGCUGUAUUCAGUUCC